AUGUCAUUUUCAUCACGUUCAUCACAAUCAAUACAAAGUAAACAAAAUCUGGAUGAUGAUAUCCAAGCCAUUUCCUACGCUGGUGAAGGAGAUGAAUUCGUUGUUCUAGGAGGAAAGAAAUAUUAUAGACACGAACUAAUGCAAGCAUUUGUUGGGAAUUUAAAUCCAGGUGUCACCCCAUAUCCCGAAUAUAAUUUUGGUAAUGCAUCUGCUAUUGGAUUGGCAAGUUUUGCUUUAACUACAUUUGUACUUGGUUUAUUUUAUGCAGGUGCUAAAGGUAUCGAUCAUAUCAAUGCUGGCGUUGGAUUAUUUAUAUUUUAUGGAGGAUUAGUUGAAUUUCUUGCGGGCAUUUGGGAAUUUUUCAAUGCAAAUACUUUUGCAUAUGUGGUGUUUUGUAGUUAUGGUUCAUUUUGGAUUUCUUUAGGAUGUUUAAAUGUACCUUCUUUUGGAAUUAUUUCCGCUUAUGAAGAUCCAAAGAUGUUGGGAAAUGCCAUUGGGUUUUUUUUAAUUGGUUGGGGUAUAUUUACAUUCAUGAUGGUUCUUGUGACUUUGAAAGCCACUAUUCCAUUCAUUGGGUUAUUUGUUACUUUAGAUGCAGCUUUCUUUGUUUUAGCAGCUGCUUAUAUAACAGAAAGUAAUGGGUGUUUAAGAGGUGGUGGUGUUUUAUGUGUCAUUAGUGCUUGUUGUGGUUGGUAUGGUAUGUUUGCUGGUGUUUCCGACAAGUUCAAUUCUUAUUUUGUUGUCAGACCGCUCCAAGUACCUGUCAACCAGAAACGAUUAUUUUAUAUUUGA